GGAAGAACAAAGACCAAGAUUUUAAGAUCAAGUCAGACAUACAUUGAAGAGAUGAGUGAUGAACUGACUACAUUGAGCUAGAUUGAACUGUUGAUGGGGAAACCUUCAACAAACCAUGACAUAUAUUCAAAGACAUAUUUGGUAAGCUUUCCAGCAUCUGCAGUAAUUUGAUAUUGGUUUAUGACUGUGAAGAGCUGUGACCUACUGGGCUACAGACCUAGUGCUGGAAGGCAGAAUCAAGCUCUGGGGCUCUUUUUCCACUGCUACAGAAAAUAUGGGAUGUGUAAAGUCAAAGAGCUUCUCUGAAGAACCAAAAGAAUUGAAGAAAAAUCGAGUACGUAAAUCUGAACCAACUAUUUAUGUGAGAGAUCCAACAUCCAAUACACAAGUGCCAAAUUCGAAGAAGGAUACUCAUCUUUUACCUGGGCAGAAGUUUCAGAAAUUUGAAGAGAACGAUGGCAAAGUUGUUAUUGCCUUAUACUCAUUUGAUGGAAGCCAUGAAGAUGAUUUGAAUUUCAAAAAAGGUGAAAAGUUAAAAGUGCUUGAAGAGCAUGGUGAAUGGUGGAAAGCCAAGUCUCUCGUAACUAGGAAAGAGGGGUUUAUUCCAAGUAAUUAUGUAGCAGCGGUCAACACACUGGAAACUGAAGAGUGGUUCUUUAAGGAUAUCAGCCGCAAAGAUUCAGAGAGACAGUUACUAGCACCUGGAAAUAAACCUGGUUCAUUCCUCAUUAGAGAGAGUGAAACGUCAAAAGGUAGCUACUCGCUGUCAAUGAGAGAUAUUGACCCUCAGAUGGGUGAUGUGGUGAAACACUACAAGAUUCGAUGUUUGGACAGUGGAGGGUUUUACAUUUCCCCUAGAAUUAUGUUUGCUGACCUGAAUGAGCUAAUUAAACAUUAUCAAAAGCAGUCUGAUGGCCUGUGCCGGAAGCUUGGAUCACCCUGUCUUAGUCCCAAACCACAAAAACCAUGGGAUAAAGAUGCUUGGGAAAUUCCACGAGAAUCUGUGAAGCUAGUUAAGAAGCUUGGAGCUGGACAGUUUGGAGAAGUGUGGAUGGGUUACUAUAACAAUUCUACAAAGGUAGCUGUCAAAACUUUGAAACCAGGCACCAUGUCUGUGGAAGCCUUCCUCGAAGAAGCUAACCUGAUGAAAAAGCUCUUACACGAUCGGCUGGUGCGGCUCUAUGCAGUGGUGACCAAAGGAGAUCCGAUCUACAUUAUCGCUGAAUUUAUGGGCAAAGGUAGUUUACUAGAUUUCCUGAAGACUGAUGAAGGGAGAAGACUUGUGUUACCAAAAAUGAUAGAUUUCUCAGCACAGAUUGCAGAGGGAAUGGCAUACAUUGAAAGGAAAAAUUACAUCCAUCGAGAUCUUAGAGCAGCUAAUGUUCUGGUGUCUGACAACCUGAUGUGCAAAAUUGCUGAUUUUGGCCUUGCACGAAUAAUUGAAGAUAAUGAGUAUACGGCCAAAGAAGGGGCUAAAUUUCCAAUUAAGUGGACUGCACCUGAAGCUAUAAGCUAUGGAUCUUUUACAAUUAAAUCAGAUGUAUGGUCAUUUGGAAUACUCCUGUAUGAAAUAGUCACUUAUGGAAAAAUUCCGUACCCAGGCAUGUCCAACACAGAAGUUGUAAAUGCUAUUGGGCGUGGUUAUCGUAUGCCGCGUCCUGAAGAAUGUCCGCAAGAGCUUUAUGAUGUCAUGAAGGAUUGUUGGAAAAGCAGUGCUGAAGAUCGCCCAACAUUUGAAUACCUGAAAGGACUGCUUGAAGACUUUUACACAGCCACAGAGGGGCAGUACCAGCAACAACCAUAGAAGAAAUUGAAAUGCAAAAUCAAGUCAACAGGUUCAAUGAUUAGUACAACCUUAACCUGUGGAAGGCAGUCUUCUAAUUUGAUGGCCAUCAAAUCUCUAUAUCACAAUUCCAUGUGAGGAAGCCACUUGUGGUAAUUUAAAGGAUCACUGGCAUUAUUUUGGAGAACAGCAGAAAAGUUAUCCUCUGUCCCUCGUCUCUAAAUCCAACAGCCUGGUUAUUAACAAAUUGCUUUGAUGGGCACUUGCUGUGCACAAGUUCAUUCCUGCACAAUUCACUCCUGCAAUUACUGCGACAGUGACUAUCUUUAAAAAGUAAUUCAUUUAACGUUUAGGAAUAUCCUGAAGUUGAAAAUAGCACUAUGUAUAUAGCUUUUCUUUCCUCCAUAAACAACUAGAUCAUUUGGCAGCACCAAGGAAACAAGACUUCACCCACUUGCACAGUCCCUUCUGUGCAAUGACGCUCUGCGGUGGUAUGAAGGCUGAUUGCUUGGUAGAACACUGGAUGGAAGCAGAAGUUGCAUCAACGUGUUCUGUAGUUCAUUUAUUAGAAUAAUGUCAGUAGCAAAUAAUUUUCUAGUGCAAGAUGUCUGGAUGUUUGAUAGGGUGUAUGGUGAACUCCAGGGGAAUGAUCAUUGAUCUGUGAUCCUAAUCACUACACUGCCCUCUUAUGAUGCCCUCUUGGUACUUCACAGAUACAGUGAAGCCCUGCAGUUAUGCCUCAUAAUUGGACUUAAUUAGGUGAGUGAUGCACUGUAGCCAAAUGUGGCACAUGACUACUUUUAACUGCCACUGGAAGCUUGCUAGUACAUCAUUCACAAUAGUUGCUACAGCUUAUACCAACAACUUCGGUUGGGACACAAAUUGCUCAUAAAUGUGUAGAAUUGGGGUGCCUUUCCAAUUUAGGAAAUUAAUAUAUUAUAAUAAAAAUUGGUAUGAUAGAGUAAAGUUUUAUAGUAAUCAUAUUAACACCAUAUCUAGAAUUAAUCAAUUAAAAGCAGGGACAAUGCUGUUUGAUUCAAAUUCAUUUUGACUAUCCCAGAAGAUUCAGGUAUACUUCAGGAGUUAUUUUCUGUAAUUCUAUUCAUUUAUAAUUUGGUUAUCCAAAUAAAUCAAAAACUGUUUUUAAUUACACAAACUGUUCUGUAAUAUUCAUCAAAGCCUUUCAUUUAACCCUCAAAUCAGUGUCUCAAUUUCUGACAAAUAUUGACUAAAUAAGCAUGCAGGAAGUGUGAGGGAAAUAUGAGGAUUUUUUCAUGUGAUCAACUAUUAAUGCACUGAGUCAUGCCUUUGUUUAAAAAGAUCUUGUUUUUAAACAAGUCAAGAGAUAUCAUUGCUUUUACUGGAAGGAAAAUGCUAAUUUUUCCACAUGCAACCCAUUGAAAGGAAUAGUUUAAGAAAGGUUACUACAUGUAAGUUUUUAAUUGUGUGAUGAACAAAGUACACUUGUACAAUGAUAGCAACAAAUCCACACCCUGACACACUUUUGGGGAAAAAGAAAUCACACUGACUAUAGUACAAAGGAUUAAAUGCCAAUGCAUCACAUUUUUUAAAAUUUUGUAUUAUUCACUAGAUCCAUCUGCCUCUGCUACUAACCAUUCUCGUCAACGUCAGAAUAUAUAAACUUCCAAAAAAUAAUUUCUUGGAAUUUAAAAUCUAGCUCUACAUUUCAGAAACAAAUCUAUUCAGAUCCUUUACAGUAUAUUGUAAAAUGUUAGUGAAAAAUCACUCCAAUAGUUUGUUCAAUAUUCCAUAAUAAAGAUAUCUGUGAAAUUAGAUGAAUUGUGAAACAAAUGUUGUAUAUUUUUCAAUUCAGUGAAUUUCCAGAGGAAAAUUUAGUGCAAGGUGCUACUGCUUUUAUAUAAAGAAAGAGAAAAUGUUCCCUCUUCCUCUCCAGGUGAAAUGAAAUACCAUUUACAUGUAUCUUGUAUAGUAAAAGACUUUUAAUGAAAUUGUUAACUCAUGUAUCUUGUAUUGUAAAUGUGCAAUAGUUGCUUUGUUUUUUUUUCCCCGUUUGUCCUAAACUGUUUGUGCAAAAAACAGUAAAUUAUAAAUAUGUAACAUGGACAAUGACUAGAAUAAAGGCAU